GUUCUGUUUUCAAAUGUGCUGAACACGCACAUACUCUACUACGCACUCACUCCUAGUUGACUUCGUGGGUACAUCAAGUGUGCACUCCUAUGGAGGCUGGGGAAACUGGUUGAAAUACAAGAGCUUUGCAGAUUUUCCCCAAUAUUGGUUAUAACGAGUAAACCCGUAGUGACAAACAGUGCAACGAUGAAGGUGAACCCCACGUGAGUUCAGGCGCAGCUUUGAUGUUAGUUGAGUUUUUAUCUCGUCAUUCGAUCAACACACACGAGACAUUCUUGCCACUGGAAGAGGUUGUUCUCCUGAAGAUGACGGGGGUAGCUAAAACGAGUCCGUCGUUUAGCAGCAACAUGUGAAGAAGGCUUCGGGUGCGGAUGGUGUCAGUGCUCUCUAGUUCUAUUCAUUUGCUGUCAGAGAAGAGAAUUCCAAGCCGAGGAUGUGACGGGGCGUCCGCGCCUCCUCGCACUAAACCCGCGUUUACGCGUGAAGAAACCGACUCCAGUAGUGGCUGAAGCCAAUUCCGUGACUACAAUGUGAAUACACUUGAACGUUACACCUCUCCAUCUAGGUAUUUAAGUGCAACCUACUUCCGACUGCGCGGAGGUAGUGUGAUUAAAUUAUUCAGUAUUGUGUCAGUGGUGCAUACCGGUAAUCAGCUUCUAGAUCGUGUUCAUGUAACCGUUUCUUGGCAAUGCGCGAUUGGAUUUGUCGGUGCGCGUAGCCUGUUGUUUAUGUUCGUCUGUCAAUGGCUUCUGUCAAGAGGACAAGAAGACACAUGUGUUGUCUUCCUUAACGUUCAUGUCGACUCAGUCGUUUCCUUCCUGACUCCGUAGGACCCUUUAAGAGGAAAGGAUGGGGUCUGGAUCCUAGUGAUAUAGAACCUCCGUCCCCGAUGUACAUCAAGCCCCCUACUCUCACUUCCUUCCACACAGGAUGUAAAGCCAGGCAGCUCUACCAAGGCGGCGGCAGCAGUUCACUGCUGGCACGGGGAUACAUACACAGUUAAAGGCAGAGUCAGAGAGCCACGUUGUUUUCCUGCCAGCUAGAUCGCCCUGAUGACGGUGACUCUGCUGCCCUUCCGCCUGUUCCUGGCGGCCUUCUGGAUGCUGGUGGCCUGGCCUUUCGCCUUCGUGGCCACCGUGGGACGCGCUGACAACACCGUGUUGCCACCCACCUGGUGGAGAUGGGUGGUGGACAAGGCCCUGAAGCUCUGCAUGCGUGCCAUGUGGUUCUCGGGGGGUUUCCACUGGGUGCGUGUGAAGGGUCGCCCGGCGCUGCCCAGCGAGGCACCCAUCCUGACGCUGGCGCCCCACUCCUCCUACUUCGACGCCAUCCCCGUCACCAUGACCAUGGCCUCCAUCGUCAUGAAGGCGGAGAGCAAGGACGUCCCCAUCUGGGGAACCCUCAUUAAGUUCAUCCGGCCGGUGUUUGUGUCGCGUUUCGAUCCGGACUCUCGCCGGAAGACGGUCGAAGAGAUCAAGCGGAGGGCAUGCUCUGGAGGGGAGUGGCCACAGAUCAUGAUCUUCCCCGAGGGGACGUGCACCAACCGAUCCUGUCUCAUCACAUACAAACCCGGUGCCUUCAUCCCCGGAGUCCCAGUGCAGCCUGUGGUGCUUCGUUAUCUUAAUGCCAUGGACACAAUCACAUGGACCUGGCAAGGGCCUGGAGCGUUUAAAAUUCUCUGGCUUACACUUUGCCAGCUACACAACCCACUGGAAAUUGAGUAUCUCCCGACCUACACGCCUUCCGAGGAGGAGAAGAGUGACCCCGCUCUGUUUGCAAGCAACGUCCGGCGUCUGAUGGCCAAGGCUCUGAACACCCCGGUGACGGACUACUCGUUUGAGGACUGUCAGCUCUCCAUGGUCCAGGGCCCUCUGCGUCUCCCGGGAAACACCUGCCUGCUCGAGUUCUCCAGACUGGCACGCCACCUCGGGCUGAAAGCUGGCCUGUCCGACAAAGUCCUACAGGAGCAUGGCAGCCGGGCGCGGAAGCUGUGGGGGGACAAGCUGGGCCUGGCGGACUUUGCCCAGUAUGUCAACCUACCCAUCACAGACAAGCUGCAGGACCUGUUUGACAUGCUGGAUGAGCAGGGAACAGGCCAGAUGGACCUGAGGCAGUAUGUGAUCGCCUUAUCAAUGGUCACCAAGCCCUUCAAAGGUCUGGAGACCAUUCAGCUGGGUUUCCAGAUAUUUGAUGCGGAGGAUGGCGGUGGCGUGGGGGAAGAGGACCUCUCUAUAAUCCUCAGGACCACCUUUGGCGUGGAGGAGGUGCACACCUCACACCUCUUCAGUGUCCUAGACACCUCCCACACAGGACGCCUCACCUUCGAGGAGUUCAGGCAGUUUGUGGAGCGGUGUCCAGACUUUGUGGAGCGGCACCUGCUGUGCUCCGGGUCGUCCCAGCCCAGUUCCCCCAGCAUCCAGCAGCCCCCUCCGCUGGCCAGCAAGAGUAACAGCAAUGGCUUCUGCACAGACUUCACUCCCCACGACCAGCAGAGUCACACACACAACAACCACGUCUCGGCAGACGACAAGAAGGUCAACUAAACAUCACGCGGAUCGGUCUACGCUGUGUGUGUGUGUGUGUGUGUGUGUGUGUGUGUGUGUGUGUGUGUGUGUGUGUGUG